AUGAGACCCAUAGUUGCAGGGCCCCAAGCACCAACACAGCAACUAAGCCACUUCACAGAUGUACUUCUCAAACCUUUAUGCCCACUGAUACCAAGCUACAUAAGAGAUGACAUAGACUUCCUCAUACACAUUCCAAAUACGGUUCCGAAAAACACCAUACUUGCAAGCUUCGAUGUCACAAACUUAUACAUAAACAUACCACGCAUCCUGGGUCUGGAAGCGAUAAAAUACUGGGUAGGAAAAUACAGGGAACUCAUAGAUAAACGUUUCAAAACAAACUUUAUCACCAAAGCUACCCAAUUAAUACUUGAAGAGAACACAUUCUCAUUUAACAACAAGUCAUACCGACAGAUAAAGGGCACGGCUAUGGGUACGAAAUUCGUACCUCCAUAUGCCAACCUAGUGAUGGGUUUCCUUGAGAACAAACUAUACGAUGAAAUAGGGAACGUCUUCGAACACAACUUCAGAGAAGAUAUCAAGAAAAAAUGGAAACGCUAA